UAUCGGCACCGGUUUGUUUAAUUAAUAUACCUGAAAAUGGCCGAAACGAAGAAAAGAAAAUAUCAAUAUUCUGAUAAUGGCAAAAAACGAAAGAGAUUCGCGUUAGAGGUGGGUUUAAAGGGCUUUCUUUGUAGUUGUAACGACAGAGAAAAAGACUGCGUAAGAGAAUCGUACAAUAUUUUAAACGAGUAUGCCCCCUCGCUAGAACCCGAAGGCCAAGGGAGUUCCGAAGUGAAUGAUAAAGAAGACGUAGACGAACUAGAACGGGAAAUUCAGGCACUGAAGACAUUGAAGGAGAAAUCGAACCAUCGGUUUCAAGCGGUUGAAUCAGGUGCAAAGAAUAUCGUAUUCAUACGUACAACUUUAGAAGAUCCUGUAAAACUAGCCCAGACAAUUAUUGAAGACAUCCAUAAGACUAGGCAGCAGAAGACACGCUUUCUUAUUCGGUUAGUACCAAUCGAAGAGACGUGCAAAGCGUAUCUCGAUGAUAUAAAAAAGGCUAUAGCGCCUUUAGUACAGAAAUAUUUCGGCGGUAAUGAACCGAAAACGUUUUCAGUGUUUUAUAAUCAUAGGCACAAUAAUCAAUUGUCAAGGGAUGACGUUAUCGCGGCAGUUGCAGAUAUGGUAACUGAACAAAAUAAGGAGCACAAGGUUGAUUUAAAAAAUGGUGAAUUAUCUGUGAUAAUCGAAGUGAUUAAGAAUUAUGCCUUGCUAAGUGUUACACCUAAAUUUUUACAGUAUAAGAAAUAUAAUUUACACAUGAUCUGUAAAGAUUAGCAUCCAAAUAAAGGCACAUUAGUUUUGGAA